GGAUCGUUCAUGAAAUUGAAAAAUGGCUGUCAAUGGAGAACAACAUGUCAACGGGGCGGGGAAGAUCGGGGAGGUUGUUGCUUCUGUCUUGCAUGGGGUCAAGGACUUGAAGAUUGAACAUCGUCAAUUGGGAGCACCAGAAGCUGCAGAAGUACAGGUGGCUAUCCAAGCAACCGGUCUUUGCGGUUCAGACCUCCAUUACUUCAACCACUACCGAAAUGGUGACAUAAUUGUCCAAGAACCUCUAACACUUGGCCAUGAAUCAUCAGGUGUUGUUACUGCUGUUGGCUCACAAGUUACCAAGCUCAUAGUAGGGGACCGCGUUGCCCUUGAGGUUGGCUUGCCAUGUCUCGAGUGUGAGUUGUGCAAAGAAGGGAGGUACAACAUUUGCAAAUCUCUCAGAUUCAGGAGCUCGGCAAAGUCAUUCCCCCAUUUCCAGGGAACUUUACAGGCGAGGAUCAACCACCCGGCGGUAUAUUGUCACAAAUUGCCUGCGAGUGUCUCCCUCGAUCUUGGAGCUAUCCUUGAACCUCUGGGUGUAGCUAUUCAUGGCUCAAGAAGAGCAGCUCUCAAGCAAGGGAGUACUGUUCUCGUCUUUGGGGCCGGUGCAGUUGGCCUUCUCUGUGCAGCAAUGGCCAAGGUAUGCGGUGCAAAGACAGUCGUUAUUGCCGAUAUUCAGGCCGAAAGAGUCGACUUUGCAGUCCAAAACAAAUUCGCAGAUGCCAAGAUCGUUGUCCCAAUGAAAAGACCUCAGAGCAUUGAAGACAAAUUGACUUUUGCGAAAGAGGUUGCGGAGAUGGUUAAGGCUUCAUCGGGAAUAGGCGAAGUAGAUGCUGUCUUUGAGUGCACAGGAGUUGAGUCUUGUUUACAAGCUGCGAUCUAUUCAACGAGACCAGGGGGACGUAUCAUGUUGAUCGGAAUGGGAAGUCCCAUCCAAACACUUCCCAUCUCGGCAGCUGCACUGCGAGAGAUAGACCUCGUUGGUGUCUUCAGAUACGCAAAUACCUACGAAGAAGCGAUCAAGUUGGUCUCAAGUGGCAAUCCAUUACUCCCAGAUCUGUCAAAAUUGGUCACCCAACGAUUCAGUGGAUUCGAUGGUAUUCCGGGAGCAUUUUCCAUGGCUGGAAGAGUUAAAGAUGACGAAGGGAAUUUGGUACUGAAAGUGGUUGUCGAUACGACCAAUCCAUAGUCGGAGGAUGAGACGAAUCGCAUGAGAACAGCCAAGCUGAACAUCAAAAUGACAAAAUGGUUCUCUUGCCCGCUUCUGUUGCAUCACAAACUUGAACUUGAGGUAAAUGGAACAAGUAUCCAUCAGUGUUGAGAAAGCUUCUCCUGGUUCCUGCCCUCAAUGUUGAAAAUGGUGAGAAUAUGUUCUCAAUUAUACGGUGCAUGGUUCGAAUAUCC